AUGUGUGAUGACAAGUCUUGCACUACCCGCAAACUCCCAUCACCCACACUCACCUACCAUCUUCCCAAACCCAACCCAACCCCCCCACCCACAUCCACCAUAUAUUUUCCCAACCCCAACACAUCACCCACCCACACCCACCAUCUUCCCAAACCCUCUGCCGCCACCCCACCCACACCCACCAUCUUCCCAAACCCUCUGCCCUCACCCACCCACCGACCAACCAUCUUCCCAAACCCCACUGCCCUUCACCCACCCACACCCACAUCUUCCCAAACCCACUGCCCUCCCACCCACCACCAUCUUCCCAAACCCUCUGCCCUCACCCACCCACACACCACCAUCUCUCCCAAACCCUCUUGCCCUCACCCACCCACACCCACCAUCUUCCCAAACCCUCUGCCCUACCCACCCACCCACCAUCUUCCCAAACCCACUGCCCCACCCACCACCAUCUUCCCAAACCCCACUGCCUCACCCACCCACCAUCUUCCCAAACCCUCUGCCUCUGCCCUCAACCCACCCACACCCCACAUUCUUACCAAACCUCUUGCCCUCAUCCCCACACCCCACCCACACCAACACCCACACCCACCAUCUUCCCAACCCAACAACCUCACACCUACCACACCCAUUAUCUUCCCAAAACCCUCUGCCCUCACCCACCUACCCACCAUCUUCCCAAAACCAAUCUCCCACACCCACCCACCCACCCACCCACCCAAAGCCACGACCCACCCACACCAUUCAUCUUCCCAAACACGUUCCCACCCACCCACACCCACCAUCCUCCCAAACCCAAACGUAUCUCCCCCCAAAGCUUUCCUCUUUCAAAAUGUAAAAUGA